UAGGAACUACAAAAAGAACUUGAUGCUGAAAAGGCUAAAGUGAGAGGACUUGAAUAUGGCGAAAAUAUUCAACCUGAGCCUGCAGUGACUGCAAAUAAUAGAGAAACAGUAAACGUGUUAUUAGAAAGAAUCAAAGAACUUGAGAAUGAGGCGUUGGUCUUGCAACAGCUUGUUGACUCUAAAGAAGUCGCGAUUGAUAAACUGCAUGAUUCUGUUCAGAGCAUGGAGGCUGAGAAAGAGACAUCUCAGAUGCAGAAUUUACUGGAUGCUCUUUCCAAGGUCACUCAUUUAGAAGAACAUAUAGCUCGACGAGAUCAAACUAUACAAGAUUUAGAAAAUGAGAUAGAAUUGAACAAAUCACAAGCGGUGCUCAGCAAUGAACUUCAAGAUAUUCUUUCUAUGAAAGAUGAGGAGAUGAACAAGAUUUCUAAGAAAUGUAAAAUGUUGGAAGAAGAGUUAGGAGAAGCCAGGAAGUUCUCUGAUCAAAAUGCUUCAAAUGAAGAGAGAAAAUAUAAGGAAGAGUUGCAGAAGAAAGAAGAAGUGUUUGACAGUCAUUCAAAGUUCAUGAAGUCAAAGGUAUGUGGAUAUGAUCGCUUUACAGCAAGUAGUAUACGCUUACCUAAUGGACCUAUUCCCUAAUGAACAAAAUUUUGAUCUGGACAAGUCUAGACAAAAAUUUCAUCACAGCUUGAAAGAGCAUCAAAAAAUUAGUAAUAUUCCGAAGUUUCGUUGCGAAAUGUUUUAAAAUGCGGUUACUAUAGCCCUACGAAGUUUGCCGUUUUUCAGUCAUUUUGUAUUAAGCACGGGAAAUUGAUACCGCUUUCUGAAAAAAGGUAUCAAUUUCCCGUGCGUGAUACAAAAUGACUGAAAACCGGCAAAAUUUGCAGGGCUAUAUUAUCCGCAUUUUACAACAUUUCGCAACGAAAUUUCGGAAUAUUACUAAUUUUGUGAUGCUCUUUCAAGCUGUGAUGAAAUUUUUGUCUAGACUUGUCUAGUUCAAACUAGAUUUUGUUCAUUAGGGAAUAGGUCCAUUACCUGUACAGUACAUACAUGUACUUUGCCCAUUGCCCAUUUUAUCUGUACAACAAUUGUGAUAUUACUUUCUUAACUGUGUUUAUUAUACCCACCCUGUCAACUUUCCCUGUGGGAGGAAACCGGAGCACCCGGAGAAAACCCACGACUUUCGGCCGAGCGUUGACUGACUCCUUUCACAUGAGUCCGUAGCGAGAAUCAAACCCACGAUCUCAGAGGUGAAAGACGCUUGCUCUGACAACUGUGCCACCAAAGCCUUUAUAUGUAUUAAAUAGCUACGAAGUGUUGUAUAUGAGCUGAUGUAUAUGUUCCAUGUGUUGGUUUAGAAUAUUCUAAGCCGAUAUACUCCAGAUGAUCUUCAUACGCGGAAAAGUACUGGCACUAGUUGUCAAAUAGAAAUCCAUUUUGUGAUUAAAACAACUGAAUAUCUCCUGUAAUAUACUUUAUUUCGAUUCCAUAUUUUUGUCAGAGCUAUAGUUCUCAUAAGAAAACAUAAUUACAAAAUUUCAACUAGUUUCAUAAAGAAUAACGAAAGAUAUAAUUGACUGAAUACAACAAAAUGGAUUUCUAUUCGGACAACCCUUUCUGAGCGCUGAUUGGCUAAAAUACGAACACGAGAUCACCUGGCUAGAAUUCAAAUUAACAAAAUUCAUAACCUGCACAUACACGACACUGGGUUAAGAUACCUCUGUUCCGAGUUAUGGAUACGAGUUGCGUCAUGUUGUUUAGUAAUUUUCACUCAUGUCUGCGAAUUUGAUCUCACUUUAUGCACAUGCUCUACUGCAAAAGAACAUGUACGGUAAUUAUGUCGGCGCCAGAUCAGAGUACAGUAUCUUAUCGACUUAUCUUCUCAAUUGCUCACAAGAAACCGGUUAUCAAGCAUUAUUGAUAGAGUGCCGCUCACAGGCCCCUUUUUCAAUUUGUACAGACACAUUUUAAAACCGUGUCACCUUAUUUCCUCUCUGUACUCUGUGGUGCUGGGGGGAGAAAAUCCCAAUGUCAUUUUGAUCGGAAAUUUUGCAUUUAGAUAACUCAAGGUUCUAUGAGACACCAUUUCCCGCCUUCUCAAAAUUGCAUUACUUUUCAUAAGAGACGAAGAAAUAUUCAUGCUAUGAUAAUGGCGUACAUGUAUUUAAUAGUUAAAAAUCUAAACUAAAUCCAUCAUUCUUGGAACCAUAUCUACAAACGCUCCUUACACAUCAAGCUCCUUCAGUAAAUCGUCGUUGUCCUCAGUCGAGACCUAGCUUCGAAAAUGUAACGUGUAUCCCCCCUUUCUCUACAGAUUUAGCCUUUUUUCCCUCGCUCCACCCCCGCCUCCUUGGCUACACCACUGUCUAAAGUUAUGAAUUUUGCUCGCAGACACUAAAUAAUGUUAAUGCCGAUUAUUGUCUGAUUUGGAAACACAGAUGAAUUUUGUUUUGAAAAACGAAGGAAUUUUUAACAACCAAGUCCUCAAGCCCUGGGCAAACUAGGAAACAUUGUUGCGGAAACAUUGUUUCCUACCAAUGUUUCGUUUCCAAGAGUGGGCAAACACUAGGAAACAUUAGUAAGAAACAUAGGGAAACAUCAAAUGUUUCUGAAUUCGCUAGGAAACAUUUUUGCUUCUCGGGAAGCAAACUUUGUUUCCGCAACAAUGUUUCCACAGGUGGGCAAACAGGAAAACAUUUGGGGAAACAUCGAGAAUCACAAAUGUUUCCACAACAAUGUUUCCUAGUUUGCCCAGGGCUUUAUCACUUUCUCAAACUACGUCUCGCUUGCUUAUUUCCUAUAUGUACUUUACAGACGUUUUUAUAGGUCAGGUGGUUUCAUUGCCUUGAAGUAUACUCCUUAUAUUCCAAUACUCCUUAUUGUUAAUUUCCCGUUAUUUCUGUUUUGAAGCUUGAUUCAUCCAAGGGAGAAUUGGCCAAGAAAGAUACCGAGUUGGUGGCUGUCAAAACGAAACUUGAAACAUUUGAGAAACAUCAGUCAGAUCUACAGGAGCAUAUCACUGUCUUACACAGUUCAAAUAAAUCCAAGGAAAAUCAUAUUCAAAACUUACAGCAAGAGGUAAGUUAGUUUGUUAGUAUAGGUAAUAGGACGGUUUCUCGUGAAAUUUGGAUAAAACAAGCACUCGUGCACUUUUUCAAAGACCUCAAAUAGCACUCGUUCUUCGGACUCGUGCUAUUUUGAUGCUCUUUGAAAAACUCACGAGUGCUUGUUUUAUCCAAAUUUCGUGAGAAAAUAAAAAAAUCACAUCAUACAAUGCUAACGGCUUUAAAUUUUCACUCAAACAUGUAAGUUUUGCUAGUUUUGUUUAAGGUAAAGUCUUUUCCAUCAAAAAAAAAGAUAAAUGCCAUAUUUUCCACCCGAACUCAACUUUUACUCAUGUAGCGCGGCCAUGUUUGUUUUGUUUUGAAGCAAUCUGUGACCGUUACUUGAUGACUGCUUUAAUUAAGCUGAUUGGUUGAUUUUAGAUCCCAUUGUUUUUUUCCACCAAUCAGAUCAGUUUGUUACAGAUUUUUGCACUGUGUUGUUACAGAUUUUUGCAUUGCUGUUUGAGAUUAAAGCCCAUUUUCCACUAGGCGCGAACAGUAAAAAAAUACAUAGGAAGUAGGAACUGGUCCAACUUUUUCGCGGCGAAUUUUUUCGCUGACCAAUCACAUUGCCAAGAUUUGUUUUUCGCUUCGCGUGAACAAAUUCGCCUAGUGGAAAAUGGGCUUAACUACACUGAAACAGGGUGCGAUAAUUCGCGUACUUACGUACCGGAGAUACGCCAAUAUUACGGUCUUUGUUUUUAGCCAAGGACCACGUAGGUACGCAGAACUCUUGCUAUCUGCGUACUUGCAGUUUGCUGGUACCACGUGACCAAGCCCGAGGUAUUCAAAACCGUGAUUUGGUCGGUAAAUGUGUAAGUUUGACACAUGUUGGCAUGAAACAUGAUUGGACUAUGGAAUCAAUUAUUGUGUUUGUAUAUUGUGAUCCUUGUUCUAACUCGUAUUCCGUCUAUCCAGUCCAUUAUAAGAUCAGUUCACACAGAAUGGAUAGACACUAUCAAAAAUGAAGCCAACUCGAAUGAGACUUGGAGCAAGUCUAAUUAAGAACUAAACGUAAUUCACGUGUUAUUACGUCCAUCAUGUACACCUGUAUACUAAAACACUGAGUGGCCUUUUCUUUAUUUGAUCCAUAGAACAACGUGUUAGUGGAGACAAUGCUGUAAGGAAAAUUACGUGGUCAUUAAAUUUUACUACAAUCCUUUGCGAACUUUAAUGAAAUAAAAGCAACUUCAAUAUGUCUGAUGCGCUAGUACAAAGCAAUGGUUUCUUGAGUUUUCAGAAGUAUACAAGGAAACAAUCGUAGUAAAUUCAAUAUACCAUAUUCAUGCAUGCCGCUCCUCUGUCUUUUCAAAUAUUAUAGUGCAGUAUGUCAGGAUUGCACGAGUUUUUUAUCAAAUACAUCUAAAACAAAACGAAAUAAAGUCAAUAUAUUAUACGAGGCAAUACCAUGCUAGCACGAAUUUUAGAACGUGUUUUAUUAUAACAAUUAUCUAUCUAUUUCUAAAUGUCAAGUUGUUAUUACGAAAAUAUUGAAAUAUUCGUCUUCUUGUCUUGUUAGCUGCGCAGUGUAAGAGAACGUUUGGAAGAUAAAGAGAAAUUAUUAGACACGAAAGAGAAAGAAGUAGUAUCUCUGACGUCAUUGCAAAGUCAAAACAGUGGCGAGGUUGAUGUUCUCAACACUUUGAUUCAAUCAAAAGAGAAACAAAUUGCGUCGUUAAAAGAAAAGGUACGGUGCUUCAAGUGGACUGGGUUCCAUACUACUACCUCUUUUCUAAGUAUUAUAAGUCCUUAAAAAUCCUGUACAAAUUAGUAAACUAUAUUUGACUUCGUCACUGUAGUUCUAAGACCCGGUCACAGAAUAUAGACACACAGAAGGUCGACUCAAAAAAGCGUAACCAAACGCCAAAAAAUCGUAACCGCUGCCACGCCAUGAAUCGUCAUCAAAACGCUGACGCCAUGGUCCUAGCCAGUGCGCUUAUGAGAGGCAUUAUUGAGUAAAAUCAUUUCAUACUCAGGACUAGCAUUGUGAAAAUUGUAAAGCAUAAAAGGUCGACUCCGUUUUUUGUACACCCCAUAUACCACACCAACGCAGGGAAUUUUGGCAGCGUUAGAAUUUCAUAAAAGCACAGUAAGACAGAAUUCAAACUAACAAAAUCCAUGCUUUUAGUGUUUAGCUUUAGAGAGUGAAGUAUCAGAGAAAGAUGACUUAUUAUCACACAGUAAAAACCGCGCCGCGAAUGUUGAGGCAGAACACAGCGAAAUAUCAUCAACAGUGAAAACAUUACAGAAAUCUAUAAAAGAUAAAGAAUUGAGGAUUGCAAAUUUGGAGCAGAAAAAUGAAAAUUUAUUGGAAGACCACGAGGAAGAGUCUCGUAAUAUGCAACAACAAAUUAAAUCUCUGCAGACAAAAAAUCUAGAAAAGGAGGUAUAAAAAAUAUAUUUUUGUUUUGCCCAAGUAAGUCUUUUACAGGAAAGGGGGGAGUGGCGUUACCUAUCACCAUUACUACAAUAAUGCCCCUGAACCCUUUCAGGGGCAAUGUUUCGCUCAUUCUACAGAAGAACAUAGUUGUGCUGAUCUCCAAAUGAUUAUGAACUUGGUGAACGUUCGCCCCACGAACACCCUCACGUCCCCUACCCUACCCUACCCUACCCUACCAGAUCUGGCUGAAUUCAUCUCUGGUCUUUAUCAUAUAAUGUAGGAUGACAAGAGUUAGGAUUACUUUUUCAUUUUAACUUGUGUAUACCCGUCACGUAAUUACCAGCAUAGACGGAUUUUCAUAUUUUUUACUGGGGUGGUGCCAGAAAUUUUAGGGGGGCGAGCCGCGAUAGGUGACUGAAGCAACACAAAGUGUCACCAAACCCCAGUAAGGUCUAUCUAUAUUCUAGGGGUGGAGCACUAGAGCCGCAAGUGGGAGUCUAGAGAGCAGAAAACAAAGUAUCCCUGGAAAUAUUGGAAAAAAAUCAUGAUUUCUAGCUUCGAAAAAACGUUUUUUAAAGUUGUCAUAUCAAUGGAUUUGGCCUGUCCGAUUUUCUGUUGAGACUUGAGAGAGUUAAAGUUAAAUGAACCUGUAAAAGUGUAAACCCAAUAGGCCAAUACACAAUAUGCUUUUACUUUUAUAAAAUCAUUGACAUUGUGUCGUUUGAAUCCGAGGACAAUUUAUGAUGCAACUCCCGAUGCAAAUAAUAUUUGGGACGUAAAGAUUAAAUCUAGGCAAGACUAUUUCCUAAAAGAAUUAAAAACUAAAAAUAAUGUUCGUAAAAUUUCCAAACGUUUCUUGCAAGCAAGCUAUUUGCAUGACAAGGCACUGCAAACUCUAUUCAGGGGGAGAAAAUAGAGUUUCAAAACUUUACAAUUGCUCCAAUAAACCAGUGAAUGCAAGCGAGGAGCAAUUAGUUUCAGAGUAUUGCACUGUCUUUUUCUAUUUGAGUGUACUCCUACGUUUAUUUUGUAUCAUCAACACUCUGCACGUUGGAGUGGACUAUUUAAUUAUUUUUUAUUAUGCCGAAUAUUGGGGGGGGGGUUGAAAAUUUUCUUGGAGGGGUGGACAUUUUGUUUGGGGAGGUUAUAGCUAAUAUUGGGGGUAGCACCCACUGCACCCCCCCCCCCACACACACACACAAAAUUCGUCUAUGAUUACCAGUAAGAAAGUCCUUAUACGAUAUGCUUUUGUUUAUUUAGGUCGAACUGCAAGAUAAGAUCGAGGAGUUAGCGAAACAACGAAACCAGAGUGCUCAAGAAGAAAACAGAGCAAGUUCUUUACAGAAAUCAAUACGAGAUAGAGAGAGUGACCUGGAUGAUUUGAAGAUGGAUGUUAAAAGAGUAAGUUAUAAAGCAGGAUGAAACAUAUUAGAGAGGUUCAGAUUUGACUACCACAACCAAUCAGAUGC